UGACAAUCAUUCCAACCGUAGCUCUUGAAGAGAAUCAUGUCUACACUCGAAACGAAGAGAUUGCUGCAGAUGAGGAGCAGCAAUGCGGAGGAGCGUGGUGAUUGAGAGAGCAGCGAAACGUCAUGUUGAUAGCAACGUAUGAGUCAGUCACAGGCCUUUGAUUUCGGAGCUCUGGAGAGAUAGCUAGCUAUCUUGCGAUUAAAGGAGGAGAGGUAUGGAAGUUGGUCAGUGGGUAGGACCAACCCCCGCUCAACGGUGCUCGCCUCGGUUCGUUGUGUCAACGUUGAGGGUUAAGAUGGAGGUGGCGUACGCGGCAUCUCUGGUUUCUGCUUGCCAAUUACACCAACGUACUUCAGAGGCGUGAUAUUCAAAGCAUCUGAGAGGAGACAACGUCUUAGUAGCUCAUUGACCAUGAGCGUAUUAUCCAUGGCGCACUGAGGCGCCGCCAGCAAAGGGAUCUUUGUGCUGCGUUCCAUCAGUCUGAAAUGCUGCUUGGGAAGGCGCCAAAAAUGGAAGAAAGUGCUGCCCCACCAUACUGAGCACCAGUUGUUGUCGUCAACUGCCCGGCCGUUUCAGCUCAGCGGCAUAGCCUCUACCCUGGAUUUCCGGGCUUUAAUGGGAAGACGAAGAUAUCGCUCGACUGAAAGACCGGAACGCUCCCACUUGCAGGCGCUGGCACCAUCUGCAGUCCGACACUAACCAAAGCGCGUGGCAGGCCCAAAGUCCAUGACGGGCGCCACGGAAGUUUGCCGACGCGCUGGCGAUGUAUCACCUCCAACGAGUAAUGACAGCGGUUCGGGCGCCAUGUCAGUGGUCGUAGCCGUCGAGAAGUCGCUGCUGCGCACACUGGCUUUCGUGCUCUAUCAGCUGGAUCGGAACUGCGCUAAGUACUGCGCCUCGUCCAUCCUGCAAUGGUACAUGCAGCUCCAGACGCAGCUCCCCCUUGCGGCAGUGGACUCGUUGGACAGAGUGGCCGACUCGGUUAUUUCGCUCUCAGACGCUCAAUUCACGGAAUUCUGGCGAUCGCUCGUGGCCAAAGAACUGGACGAGGUCUCGUGCAGGAGACAGCAGACUCUUCGACACCGUCACAGGCAUCACCACGAUGCGUCCUCGACCUCAGAAGUAGAUGGCACUGACGUGCACGAACAGGAGCAGCACGUUGUCAAACGCUUCUACCAGCAGCUCUUCCUAGGAGUUCAGCGGUUCUUCGCGGCUGAGCCGUCAGAUAAGGGACGCACACAGACGCCAUGCACUUCUCCAGUUGAUCUCAUGGAUGCAAGCCACAGACAACCGCACAGCACACGGCAUCAAUACCAUGACACGAACCACGAGUCCGACUGCUCUAUGAGUGACGUUGCAAGGAUAGAGGAUGAAUUUGAACCUGGUUGGGCUGUGGAAUACAUGGAACAAGACUCAAACAUCCCUUCCGAGAUGUUUCGACGGAUGACAGAAAUGAUGCACUCAAACGUCCCAGCGAAUCUCUUCCGUGCUACAGUCACGCUAAGCGGAUGCGACGAUGAUGAUCGGGAUAUGAACGACUACAUGGGUGCAGUCACUCCCGGAUCUUUUCCUCCAACGCCAAUUACGAGAGACUUGCAAACACGACGUAUGAACCACUACACUAUCACUGUGCUGGAUCAUGCUACUCUUACGCUUCGGCUACUGACUGAAGAAACCUACAGCAGCUGAGGACAAAUUGGACAAUCUGGAAGCUUAUGUAUUGAUGAACAACGUACAGUAUGAUUCAUAUCGACGUUUGUUUGAACAUGUUCACUACUGUAGUGUCUAACGACCAAACAUUCAGUAUUGAGACUCUCAGCUUAGUCAGUUUUCCCUUUCCAGUCAGCACCAGCAGAAGCACGCAGGGUUCUUUUCGCCACGCCGACAGAAACCCAGACAAGUAUUACCGCACCCAUAGUUGCAAAACAUAGUGUCAUGGAGCUCACAAGCCAUCUUGAAGGAAGGUAGCCGACAGGUGUGAGUACUGUCAUUAUUGGAAGAGGGGAUACUGCGGCGAGGCGAAGCCAGUGGCUGCCACUGCACGAACGUCCUUGAUCAGAGAUGCCCCAUGUCUAUUGACAAGAUAAUGAAAUCAGUAAAAAUCAACAACUCUUGAUGCGAUACA